UAUUUCAACUGUUAAUUUGUAUUGUUUAGAACUUACCUUACCUACCUGUCUUGCAGAAACAAAAGGAGGAAAUGUAGUUUUACUUCCUGCUUUAUACCUUCUGGGUUCAUUUGAGGUCACAGGAAGAGACCAAGUGCAGAAGGGGAAGAACUCUUAUAAUUUAAUAAAGUUGAUUUUAGAGGGUUUAUGAAGAGAUAGAUUUAUUGUUGUAAUAUGUAUUGAUUGCACCAGAGUUUAUGUUGCCAGUAAAGAGGAGUAGUAGAGGUUUGAAUAUAAUCAUGUUCAUCUUACCUACCUACUGAAUGGAAUAGUCCAGAGGAGAAAUUGUUUGGUUAAGUGGACUAUUUAAGCAGAAGAACUCUGAAGUGUUUCAGAGGAGAAAGGUUCAGGUCAGUGUAGCUGUGUGCAGUUUGACCUUAAUUUCUGUUGAUUUAAGUUCAGUUAUGUUUAUUUGAACUGAGUUAAUUAUAGAGUUGAGUUUCUUAUUUGUUUUUUUGUAAAUAUUGUUUGGGCCACAAAAUGGUGAAUAAAUCACUUGCUACACUGGGCAGCAUCAGUCUCCUGCACUUCUUUGACCGCUUAAGUCGAGUCCUACCACAAGGACGAAUCACUUAUAAAAACAUAUGCAGCACCAGUGUUGUGCACAAAAUGUACUGAUAAUGUCCUUAUUUGACAUUAUGGUUAAAUCUAUACAUUAGCUUGCAUGUGACUGUGAACUCAUUCAGUUUAUAUUGUUUUCAGUCUGAAAUAGCUGCAAGUUAGAAAUGAUCCAGUGAUUGUCAGGGUGGUGUGAUGACACCAAGUUACUUUAUUUCUGAAAAGUUAAUAAUAAGCAGGGUGAAACACUGAACUGUGUCCCCACUGUUAGGACAUAUGUGCUGUUAAGGUCCGUGUAUCAAGAGAAUGGAAACUUUGUUUCAGCAGCUGACCCAUGGCAACGCUCUAUUCCUCAUCCUUGUUUUGGGAUUAGGAGGAAGCUUUCAGGUCGGCUUCCAUAUCACUGGACUGAGUUCUCCUUCGCCGUACAUCCAGCGCUUCAUCAACAACAGCUGGUAUGACAGAUACGGAGAGCCUCCACAUCCGCAGACGGUCACAAUGAUCUGGUCUCUUAUUGUUUCCAUGUUUGCUGUCGGGGGACUCUUCGGUGCCAUCAGUGUCAAAUUUAUCUCAGACUUGCUGGGAAGAAAAAAGGCAAUGAUCUGCAACAGCUUCAUUGCUGUUCUUGCAGCAGGAUUCAUGCUGACAAGUAAAAAUGUCAACUCUUUCGAAAUGAUCAUUGUGGCAAGAUUUCUGUUUGGUUACUCAGCAGGCUUGGGAAUGAACACUCACUUAAUAUAUCUUGGGGAGAUUUCACCCAGAAAGAUAAGAGGGAUAGUGACUCUGACCUUAGCCACUUUUUUGUCACUCGGGAAAGUGUCUGGGCAGACGUUUGGGUUGAGCGAGAUCCUUGGCCGCGAGGACACGUGGGACAUUCUCCUUAGUGUCGCUGCACUUUUCUCCUUUGUUCAGAUUGUGAUGUUGCCUUUUUUUCCUGAGACGCCAAGAUAUUUACUCAUAGAGAAAGGUGAUGAUAAGGCAUGCAAAAAAGCUCUCCAGAGUCUGUGGGGCCAAGGUGACUACCAACAAGAAAUGGAUGAGAUGUUGACUGAGCAGGCAGCCAUUGAAGCAGCCCCACCAGUGAGCCUUCUGCAGCUGCUGAGAGACAGGACUGUCCGAUGGCAGGUCAUCACCAUCUCCAUCAUCUACUGUUGCAACCAGCUGUCGGGCAUUUCUACAAUUAGUACCUUUACUUAUGACAUCUUCCUGGAGGCAGGUAUACCAAAGAAGAAGAUCCGCUAUAUCACUCUCGGUCUUGGAGUGGCUGAAAUUCUCACCUCGCUCACCUGUGGUCUUCUCAUUGACCUCACAGGGAGAAGACCAUUGCUGUUCGGCGGUUACGGUGUCAUGUCUGCUUGCUGGAUUUUUGUCACUGUCACACUCAACCUGAAGGAUUCCAGCUACUGGGUUCCAUACAUUACUGUGAGUUUGAUGGUUGUCUUCAUCGUGUUCUUUUGUGGAGGACCUGGAGGAGCCACACCAACGCUCAACAGUGAGCUCUUCAUUCAGUCUAAUCGAAUGGCAUCACUCGUCCUCACAGGGCUGCAGGGGUGGUUUAUGUUUGCAGUGAUGGGCCUGGUCUUUCCAUUCCUCAUUGAUGCUCUCAGCUCGUACUUAUUUGUGCUGUUUGCCUCUGCCUGCAUGCUGGGUAGUCUUUAUACCUUCUUCCUUUUGCCUGAGACUAAAGGCAAGACCCUGCUGGAGAUCUCAGAGGAGUUUAAAGCCAUCACCGUCUGUGGGAAAUCCUUUGCAGAGGAAACGAGAACAGAGACCAGGUUGUGAUGAGGACCACGUAUAGCUACAGCAAAAAACAUGAGGAAAAAAACAAUUUUUCUUUCAGGACAAGAUUGAAUGACUGCGGAAAAAAACAUGCUUUGCAAAUAAAUGACUCACAAUGACAUUAAACAAUGUUACAAUUCCCAAAUUUUGGAAUCUUCCAACUUCAGUUUUUGCUUUUUAGUUGCUUCUGCUAUUUUCUGUUUGUCCAUAAAUGGUGACUGUUGUGCAAUCA